AUGACUGAAUCUUGUCAACAGAUUCAACUGCCACCUCUUUCUUCUUUGAUGUCAUCUUCAGCUUCUGGUAUGAGACAUCGACAGCAACAACAACGUCAUGUCCUUCCACUUCCCAACAUAAGAGAACAUGACCAUCAGCCUCUUCGAGUAUUCAGCCCUGUCAUCCUUUUCCAUGACUAUUCAUGUACCUCUCCCAUCAAUCAUCGAAUUUCACAACCACCUACUACAACAACGCAGGUUCAACGUCCUGCUACUAAGCCUGUUCACUUGCACCCAUACAACAGCAGCAACCCAUACGCACAAAUGAAAAAGUCCAAGAUCAGCGAAAUGCUUGAAGGUGAUGGUAGCAGAAUAUGGCACGACACGGGACGAAAGGGAGCUUUUUGGAACGUGCUUGAUCCCCAUUUUCAACACCAACAACCACCAUCAUCGUCCAUUACAACAACCCAACAACAAGGUGAACGUCCAGGUUUUCGCCAUAGCAACCACAGCUCAUCGCUUCCACUCACCCCACCUUCACAUGAUGGCUAUCACUUUAAAUCGGGUUACUUUGCCGAUACGCCAGCUGACGAUAAUAGUUGCAGCAGCAGUAGCAGUAGCAGCAGCAAUAGCAGUGCCGUUGGUGAUGAUCAAGCUGUUCAAGAUCUUGGAUCUCAUGUUGUUGGUUUUCAUGAAUUUCCCACCGCCAGCACCAGCAGCACACAAUGUUAUCAUCCACAACAGCAUGUAUCUGAACAAGUUGUAGCAUCCAAUGUUGAUAAUCGCAAGCGCCGUGGAAACCUACCUAAGCCAGUGACAGCCAUUAUGAAACGUUGGCUUGUGGAAAAUUGCACCAAUCCUUAUCCCACCGAGGACGAAAAAGACUGGCUAAAGCAAGAAACGGGCUUGACCUUGAAUCAAAUUAGCAACUGGUUCAUCAAUGCGCGUCGUCGUAUCUUGCCAAUGAUCCUUGCAAAGGCUGCUGCUCUUGAAGGUACACCCGUCAUGCAUCACAAGAAGCGACGUGGUAAGCCUCCAUCGGCUAUCACGGCUGCUCGUCGCAAAAUGGCUAGCAAACGCACAUGUCAAAAACUCUUCAUGGAUGAUGAUCAUGAUUGGUGGUUGUCUUCAACAACAACAACAGCCAAACGAGGCCUCAAGCGAUCUUCUUCAGAGCAAGAUGAUGGAUACGAUUGUAUGCGCCCAUCCACUCGAGCCAGACAUCAUUAG